GGGAGGACGGUGCUCGGGUAGUGACAGACAGAAGCAACGCGAGUGAAGGAAAUGGCGGCUGAGCCGGACGAACGAUUCGCCUCCUAGAUUCUGCAAAAGCGUUACGUUUAUGUAUAAAUAUAUAUUUCGCCUUAUCACCUGCUUUCAUUUGCUCUCUACUGCACUUUAAACACUUUUACGAGCGAAUUGGAUGCUGCUGUCACCAAAGACAUUGACAGAAGAAACAGUGCCAGAACAAACGGAGUCCAAUUCCUGCCAGCCUGAUUCUGCCGAUCUCAAACAGCGCCACCUCUGUCGGAUCCUGCGCCAUCAGCGAUGCCAACUGGCCCAGAAACCUCCAGCGCCCGCCACAUCUCAGCCGUAAGCAACUGCUGAAAGUCUAGCGCCGUGCCGCGGCCCUUGCCGCCAUCCUGGGAACUCAAGUGCAGCUCACGUCCAUUCACCAAGGGAAGCAAAACGCCGAGGGGCCUGAAGUACACUGCACCAAAGCUCACCUCUCAGGCAUGGCUCCCAUUCGGGACUCGGUCAGCCACUCUCCUAACCAAACAGGUUUGGAUCAUGCCGGUCUGGAUCCUCAGUAUGAAAAUUCACCCUGGAGCUCUGGCUCACCUUGCAGUGAUUCAAACAGUAACUGGGGCAAAGUGAUUGUAGACAGCUGUGAUAAGGGGGCCUGGCCUUCCAUCGCUGGCAGCGACCCAGAGCUGGCCUCAGAAUGUAUGGAUGCUGACUCUGUUUCCAGUUCCGGGUCAGAGAAAAACCUAUGUAUGAUGGCGCCUGGCAUCACUGGUGGCGACAGCAAUGGCAAUAGGCAAGGCAGCAAACAAGGUUCUCAUUUACUGGUUGCAAAUGGCAGCAAUAAUGUGGCUAACAGGAGUGUUAACGGUCCUUGGGGCUCAGUGCUAAGCACAUUUCAAGGUUCUGGAGAGAGCUCCAGUGACAAGCUGGCAGAUGGUGGUCAUGUAAAACUGAAUGCAUGGGCUACCCAAGGUCCUGCAAGCAAUGGAGGUGUAAAUCCAAGCACUUUGAACCCAAAUGCCAACCAUGGUGCCUGGCCCGUUCUGCAGAAUGCUGGCCCCAACUCCCAUGGGCCUUUGGGCAACGGAAGUGGGGGCACCAACACUCAACGAAGCACCGUAGGUCAAGUGCCCAACAUGCAGAGUGUUAACUCUAAGAUGUCCUGGGGAAGCCUGCAGGAAAAGGUGGUCGAAUCUGAAGUAAAUGGUACAAGCAACGUUCUAAGUGGGCAGCCUCAAAACCUUAACACUGAAUUUAACGGACCAAAUAACACUACUAACCCUAUGACCUCUAGUUUACCAAACUCUACAGGUUCACUUCAGAUGAAUGAGCGAUCCUGGCCUGUGAGCACAGGGGGCUCCCCUCAGCUCCAAACUCCUGUCUCGAAUGGCACUUCCAUUUCUCAGCAUGGCAACAGUGAUGGGAUGAGCAGUGGGUCCUACGGUACGGCAUGGGGUGCUCCGCCCAGCACUACUUACUCUGGAGACAAACGUUCUGUCCCAAAAGGCCAAGCUGUGGGCGACACUGUGAACUCAACUCUAAUGCAGUCCGGAGCUAAUGGACCUUCUGCGAGCGCUUCUUCUUUCAAAAAUAAUAACGGGAUGGCCAGUUGCGGAGGAGGCUGGGACUCUCAGUCCAACACCUCUCAAAAUCUAGCUUGGGGAGCAGGUAACAGCAUGGGUGCUGCUGGAGCCUCUUGUCCCUGGGGUAGCACCUCCUCCUCGUCGUCGUCCUCCUCAACGUCUUCAAACACUGGCACUAAAGUCUCAAGUGGGGAGUGGGGCGCCUUGCCCAGCAACAAUCAGCAUUCCAGUGAUGGCACAAGCGGGAGCAGGAAGGGAACAAAUGGGUGGAAGUCCUUGGAAGAUGAUGCUCUUGGUAUUGGAAGCGGUGGUCAGUCAUCCCAAGGCAGCACAUGGAACAAAUCCACAGGCAGCGAAGGAAGCGCCGAAAGCUCGGGAACUUGCAGUGAGAAGGAUGGACAGCAUAGUGCCAACCGUAGAAGGGGCAACCAGCAAAACCUGAUACAAGCAGCUCUCUCUAGAACCGACAUGGACCCGAGGGUGCUAUCCAACCAAGGAUGGGGACAGACUCCAGUUCGGCAAAACACUGCCUGGGAUGUAUCCAGCUCGGAGAAGAAGGCUGGAAAUGGGUCACAAGGAUGGGGUACUGCUUCCCCUCGGACAUCAAGCUCCCAGAGCGGAUGGGGAGACGCACCCAGCACCAACACUAAUAACGCUGGUGCAUCUGGUUGGGGCGAGCAGAAGCCCACCUCUGGCUGGGGGGAGACUAAAGCGCAAAACGGCUGGGAAGACUCCUCAGCUGCAAUGAAUAAAGGUAAUUCAUCUUGGGGUAACUGCAAGGAUGACAAAUCUUCCUGGAACAAUGGACAAAAGACAAAACAGGGUUGGGGUGCUUCUUCUGGAGAUGGAUGGGGAGCGGAAGGGUCACGGGGAAACCACUGGGGGGAGCCGCCAAAGACUGUAUCUGGAGGUUGGGAUAGCGAUAAUGAUCGCUCCGCUUCAGGGUGGAACGAGACGGGGCGUUGUAACACAAACAACACCUGGGGAGGAAGCGGAAGUGCUAACACUCCUGAUGAAGGUGGUCAAUCAGCUGGAUGGGGCGAUCCCGUGAAGACUAACAAUCAGAACCAAGGCUGGGGGGAGCCAAUCAAACAAAGUCACUCCAACCCAGCCUGGGGUGAAGCUACAAAAUCCAACAACCAGUCAGAGUGGGGAAAAGGCCAGGAUGCCAAUGUGGGAACCUUCAGGGCAGGAAAUGGCUCUCAAACUGGAGCGAAAAACAAGCCGACUGGAUGGCUGGGAGGUCCUAUACCUGCUGCUCUUAAAGAAGAGGAGCCUACAGGAUGGGAAGAGCCGUCUCCUGAAUACGUCCGGCGACGGAUGGAGAUCGAUGACGGCACCUCCGCGUGGGGAGAUCCGAGCAAGUACAACUAUGGCAAUGUGAACAUGUGGAACAAGAAUAACUCCGCAGAGCAGGACAUUCCGCAGCAGCAACCGCCUCCACCAGCCCCAAGCUCCAUGGGGCAAAAAGAGAAGAGCUGCAGUUCAGGAUGGGGAGAGCCGUACAACGUGGCUCCGAAGGGCGAGUCCUCAUCAUGGACGGAGCCUGCAGUGGAUACUGGCACAUCUGCAUGGGGAAAGCCGAUGGAUUCUGGGUCGAGCUGGGAAAAUCCGAGAAGAGAGAACGCAGGAAAUGGGUGGAGCUCCCAAUCACAGCACAAAUCCGGACCGAAGCCUGUGCAGAGCAGCUGGGAUGGUGAAAUGGCUCCAUCUAACUGGGAGGAGGAGGAGGAGGUGGAGAUCGGCAUGUGGAACAACAACACGCAACAGGAAGUGAAUCAGUCGGGAAACUGGUCCUACCCGAAGAAAGUCCCUCCUAAGAUGAAAGGCCCUGGAAAACCUGAUGAUCCAUGGAUGAACCAGAUGAUGAAGCAGUUCAACAGCAUGAAUUUCACUAGGGAUUCAGAAGAUUCUUUGAAGAGCAAUAAGAUGGACAUGACUGCAGGAAUGAUGGAUAAGAGGAUGGAUGUGGAUAAACACAGUGUUAACAUGCAAUCAGCCUCACGCCACUCAAUUCACAAAGAUCCACCGCCUAUCGAUCGCAAUUCGUACAUGGAGAAGCUCUCGCUGCCCUACGAUAACACUGUAGUGGAAGAGCAACAAAAUGCGCAAAGCUUUCCUCCUCCUAACCCUGCUGCAGGCAGGCAGAAUGUUAACAUGUACGGUGGUGGAAACUCAGCAGCACAAGGCCGAAACACCCAGCAGCCUCCAGCACAACCUCUGAACUCGACUCAGUCCAAUUUACGCAACCAAGUGCCUCCUCCACUGCUCCCCUCUCAGGUCCCGCCAUCAUUGUUGAAAUAUCCACCCAACAAUGCAGGUCUGAAUACUAUUUUUGGUCCACAGCAGAUGGCUAUGCUCAAUCAGCUUUCCCAGCUCAACCAGCUCUCUCAGCUCAAUCAAAUAAAUCAGCUGCAGCGUCUCCUUAUUCAGCAGAAAGCUCAGAAUCAGAGAGUCAUGACUGGCAACAGCCGCCAAACCCAAGAACAGCAGGUCCGUGGUUUUCCUGCAGGUGCCAUGGUCCCCCCUCCACGUCAUGUCGAUCCUCCCCUGCUGAAGCAACCCUCCCCUCCCCAGCCUGCAUCACUGCACCAGCCCAAACCCUACAUGGACAACUUCAUCAGCCUGAACACACCCGACCUGCACAAAGAACAACACACACUCAACUCUUUCUCCAACUUCCCUUUAGGAAUGGCUGCAAACAUGAAUGUAAACAAUCCUGAUAUUGGUAGUGUUGGGUUCAAAGAGCCACAGUCCCGUCUCAAGAAGUGGACCGCCAUGGAUGUUUCCAUGAACUCGCCACUCGAUCAAAACCCCAGCAAACCUGGUGCUAUGUCCUCUCUGAGGAUUGAAGACCCACCCUUUGGUCCGUAUGACUUUAUAAACUCCAGUAAUUCUCCCAUCAGCCCCCCUGGCUCGGUAGGGGAUGGCUGGCCCACUCGUGCCAAAUCGCCUCAUUCAUCUUCUGUCAACUGGCCACCAGAGUUUCGUCCCGGUGAGCCAUGGAAAGGUUACCCGAACAUCGACCCUGAGACUGACCCGUUCGUCACUCCCGGCAGUGUGAUUAACAACCUCUCUAUUAACACAGUGCGGGAUGUUGAUCACCUCAGGGACAGGAACAAUGGGCCAUCCUCAUCUCUAAACACCACGCUGCCUUCCAACAGUGCCUGGACAUCCAUUCGUGCCUCCAACCACAGUAGUUCCCUCAGCAGUACAGCACAAAGCACUUCGGCCAGAAACAAUGACUCUAAAUGGUCUCCUGGUUCAGUGUCUAACUCUUCUUUAGCUCACGAGUUGUGGAAGGUUCCUCUGUCAUCUAAAGGUGUCUCUGCUCCGUCCCGUCCCCCGCCCGGCCUCACCGGCCAGAAACAGCCCUCCUCAUGGGGCAAUGGCGCACUGAGACUCGGUCCCUGGGGCAAUUCUGAAACCAGAUACACUCCAGGUUCUGGCUGGGGUGAAAGCAGCUCAGGGAGAACCAACUGGCUCGUUCUAAAAAAUCUCACACCUCAGAUUGAUGGCUCCACCCUGCGUACACUGUGCAUGCAGCACGGUCCACUCAUCACAUUCCACCUGAACCUGCCACACGGGAAUGCUCUCGUCUGCUACAGCUCAAAGGAGGAGGCUGCAAAAGCUCAGAAAUCACUGCACAUGUGUGUGUUGGGGAACACUACUAUCCUGGCUGACUUUGCAAGCGAGGAGGAGAUAAACCGUUUUUUUGCACAAGGCCAGUCGAUGUGCGUGUCUGCGGGCUGGCAGGCGCUCGCGUCCCCUCAUAGCCGACUCGCGUCGGACGCCUUCUCCAGCGGCAGCGGUGGGGGCGAGCUGCACUCGUCCUCCUCGCUGUGGGGGGCGCCGAGCUACUCCAGCAGCCUGUGGGGAUCCAGCACCUGCCCCGAGGGGAGCAAUCGGCUAAGCAGCCCCUCCACCAUUUCCUCCUUCUUGCCGGUGGAUCACAUGACAGGAAGCGGCGACUCAAUGUAAUGCAUCGAAAUACAACACAAAAAAAAAAACCCUGUGACCUCAGCGUGGCAUAGCUCAUUCGAAUCAUGACUAUAUAGAUUCUUUAUGGAGAAAAAAAAACAAAUAUAAAGGCACUAGUUUCUUCACUUACAAUCGUAAUAAUAUUAAUCAUAAUAAGGCGGGGUCAACCUGUGGAAGUAAGUUACGACCUUUUUGGGGGUGGGUUGGGGGGUUGUUUUUUUUUUUUUUUUUUUUUUUUUCUUUUCCUCUCUCUGCACAUAUGUCCACUUUGUUUUAGCCCAAAAACAAAAACAUAUCAGUGUGAAUACUUGAAUCAUGCAGGCCAAUAAGAUAAUGUGAAAGGAUGCGUUUUAAACCUUCCAGGUCGUGCUCUUCAUGCAGACAUACAGGAAAAACUAAAUCUUUCAGCUUAUUCAUGUUUAUCUGAAUUCCAGUUCUUUUAAAAACAAUUUUUAAGUGUUUGUUUGCUGACAAUGUUUGAGCUUUUUUUUUGUUUCCUUGUUGUUGUUUUUUUUUUUGUUUUGUCGUUUUUUUUAAACUUUGCACUGAAUGUGGUUUUUCUCAGUAUAUAACUCUGCAAUAUCGAGGGAGCCGACAGUUCCAGUGUAGAUGUUUACUCAAGGAUGUUCUUAAAAUGAGUGUGUGUAUGUGCGUGCGUGUGUGUGCGCACGCGCGCGCUCUCUACUAUGCCUUGACGUACGCCUACCUUAUCGUGGUAUUGUGGAGUCCGAGAUCAAGAUAAGAUGCUGACCUUUAGGAUUACCUGAUGGUGAUAUUACACGUUAAAUGAGUAUUGCACCGAUUUAUCUUUCUUUGUGUGUGUGUGUGUGUGUGUGUGUGUGUGUGUGUGUGUGUGUGUGUGUGUGUGUGUGUGUGUGUGUGUGUGUGUUUUAAAAGAAAACUAAAGAAUUUAGCAUUCUGCAGUCUAAAGAAACUGUAGCCACAGCUGUGACUCGCAAAAAAUACAGCACUUUGAAGAUAGGCUUUCGAUUUCUUUGGUCUUUUUGGAGGCGCCACAUCGGGUUCCUCUUGUUUACAGACUUUCGAGGGGGGAAACGUACGCUCAUUCUUCCUUCAUUUUAAAUGAGAAAAAAAAAAAUGCACAAAAACCUUUAAAAAAAAUAUAUAAAAUAAGGGGAAAAAAUCUACAAAAACAUUUUUUUAAAAGUAAAAAAACAAACAAAAAAAAAAAACUACAGAAACCGUUGUGGAUGAAGACGAUGCGGUGUAUCUCUGGGAAAUACUGAUCAGUGUUCGGCCAUGCUGUCGGUUAUUUGAUGUAAUCCUGUCGUCUGCUCAAUAACCAGCAUGGUUCUCAGGAAAUAUAGCCAGUUUUUUCCCCCCUCAAAUAAAAAAAAACUCCUAAUUGUAGGAAAUAAUCAACUUUUAGCACUGAAACGACUACUUGGAGAGCUGAGUGCGUUUAUUUCUCUGCCAAAUACCUGCUUUAAGCUGGAGACAUUCUACACACCGCGCUCAUCGACUGCCCCACUCACUUCCUUCCUCUGAAUCUGCUUUAUUCUUUUUUUCUUUUUAAUUAAAAUAAUCUCCUUGAUUUUUUUUUUCUUUCCCAUGAUCUGGGGGUUGGGGGUGGGGGGGUUGUCUUUCCACGCUUCCUCAUUAACACACUUUCUUCCAUUCAUAUUGCUCCUGCACCUUUACUUUUUCUUCUCUUUCGUCUAGUCUCUUUCCCUCUUUCAGGUUCUAUGAGUGUUUUUCGAGUGUGGUUUAAAAGGAAAGAAAAAGCAGAAACUAUGCAUUUCCUGUAGCUCUCACGGAAUUGCUUUUUCUAUUUUUUAAUCUGAAGUUUGUUUUUUUUUUCCUUCCCCAAAAGGCAUUGAUUGUAGAUUAGCCUUUUUUUUUUUGUUGGGCAUUGCCACCCAGGCAGUGUUUCGUUGAACCUUUUAACUGUCAUCUGCAUUUCAUAUUAUUUUAUAUAUAUAUAAUAUAUAUAUAAAAUAUACAUUCUAUACACACACACACACACACACACACACACGUGUUCUUUUUAAAACCUUUUUUUUUUUUCCUUCCCCGAAGAUGAUGCAACACCGUGGCUUUUUAACUGUUUACAAAUCGAGUAUGAUUGUAAAGUGUGUGUGUGUGUGUGUGUGUGUGUGUGUGUGUGUGUGUGUGUGUGUGUGUGUGUGUGUGUGUGUGUGUGUGUGUGUGUGUGUGUGUGUAGGUUUCUGAAGUUCUUUUACAAUAUGGAUCGGUCUGGCUGCUCGUGUCAUUACUAUGAUCAUUAUCACUAUGAUUGCUCGUCGUCUACUUAUUAUCGAUAUGAUUGUUUUGUUUUUGUGUGUUAUUUUUGGUUUUGUUUUUCCCUUUGGUUUCUCAGCGCUGGUGUGUCGCUGUGUGAACAGCUGGAGCCUCUGAUCUGCACCCUCAGAGGGGAAUGUAACCUAAACACACGUUCAAGUCAUGUACAUAAGCGUAUAUAUCGCGUCGUUGAUGCACAGAGAUGUCAGCAUUAGGCGAAGCCAUGGACCUUAACGUGUGUGUGCGUGCGUAUGUAUAAGCUGUUUCUGCUCCCUAUUUGUGUGCGCGUGUGAGGGAUUACUUUUUCAAACCCGUGAGUAUUAGCCUUUAUUUUGCGACUUAUUAUGCUGCGUGUGCCAGUAUUGAACCGUUUUAAAUAACCGCUUUACCAAAUCGACUUUCAUCGAAAACUUGUGCGCUGAAUGAUUCCACAUUUCCAUAAAAAAAAAAAAUCCUAAAAUGCCUUGCGAUUGCACUUGGUGUGUUCAGUUACUGAUUAGUGUUUGUCCACACAGUGUAGCUGUAGAGAUGGAGAGGAUUAUUGUGUGUGUGUGUGUGUGUGUGUGUGUGUGUGUGUGAUUACACUCUUAACUGCACCCUAUUAUACACACACUUUUACUUUGUGUUCCGCCUGAUGCGUGUUUGUGUGUCGCUGUUCCUUUUCCCAAACACGUUUGUCACGUGUGGUGCUUCGAAUGUGUGUCCGUCCGUUAGACCUCAUCCAAGUGUCCUCAUUUUGCCCAGAGGGGAAUUUUUUUGUUUUCUUACAGACUCAGUGAUGGUGUUCGUCUGUUGCUCAGUUUGUCCGACUCUGUGCGGUGUUAAUUCCACUUCAUGUGUACAUUUCUUCAUCGUUGUUAUUGUGUGCGUGUGUGAUUCUGCCCACCUCGUUUUCUGUGUGUGUGUGUUAAUGCCCAGCUCUUUAUCAUCCCAGACUCCCGUCGCAAUACACACACUUCCUCUUUAAUUGUUUGUUUUUGUUUUUUUCCGCGCCGCGGUCUCCGUUACGUAUUACACUCUUAACUACGACACAUUUAUUACUACACUGCUGUUUAUUGUCGAUGUGGAGAAAUCAUCUCUGAGCUUUAACAAUGGUUCUGAUCUGCGCUCACUUUUCUCCCCCUCUGACUGAAAAGAGGAGGGUGGAGAGGGGGGGCGGGACUUUAGCCCCUGAGUUGCUUUUAUUUUGUCCUAUUGUAUAUGUGGUGUUUAGGGACGAACGAGAAACCAGUCGUGUAAUCCACUGUCAUGCCAAAUGUAGGGAGGGAGUGCAGGAGGAAAGGGAUUACUGUGUAAAAGCUGGGGUGUGUGUGUGUGUGUGUGUGUGUGUGUUUAUGCUAAAUGGAUGGCAAAGUACAAUCCCCAUAAUGCGUCAUGGCAGCCCGGUACUUGUGGGGUGGGUGGGGUGGGUGGGUGGGGGUCGGUUGGGAUCUGGGUUUGGCGGGAUCUGGCAUAGACAUUCUACUUUUGUACUGAUUUGUUUCUAAGUGAUCCUGUCAGCUGUGUGUUUUUUGUUUGUUGUUUUUUUUUCAUUAUUAUUUUUCCUUUUCCUUUUUUUUUUUUUUUUAAAUAUCGUUCCUACUGUUUGCAAUUUUCGACUUUAAACUGUGAGAGCGUCUCGCCGUCGGUCGUCGUCGUUUCCGAUUCUUGAAACCCUAAAAGCUUUAGAGAAAAAAAGAAAAAAAAAAAACUACAAACCAGCACAAAGAGGCCGAACGAGAAACUUCUUCCAUCCUGGAGAACAUUCGGAGAACGUCUAUGCAGCGAAGGACGAGGCUUCCAUUAGAAUACCGUGUUUAUGCUUAAUAACAAAUACGAAUAAAAAAAUAAAUCCCAAGUGGAUUUUUUUUUUUUUUUUAAGAAAAAAAAUAUAAUGAUAAAAAAAAAAUCAUUCAAUCACACGUGCCAUGACUGACAGCCGUAUUAUUAUUAUUUUAUUAUUUUUCUUUUCUCCAAAAAUAAAGCGGGCCAGUUGUAGCAGACUUUGGAGCAUUAUUAGUGUUCGUUAUUGUUGGAGUAUUGAUUAGCGACUUCUUGACACUCCUCAGCGUACAAAAAAAAAAAACUUUUAAACUAAAAACACAUUGUUUUGGUUUUAUGCUCACACAAACGCGCGCAUCCUCGAUAUGCACACUGCUUCGCUAGGACUGUUUUCGAAACAUACAAAGAUGAAAAUAAAAUAAAAAAAUCGUGAGAGCGCGGAGCAGGACCGACCUGAGCGAGCAGGGGGUCUCCUCCACGUUCAGAACCGUCGUCGUCUCUCGCAUCGAUGUGUUCAGCUUGGGGGAAACUGCACUUUUUAUUUGAAGGACAAUCCUUAUUUGUAACGGUCAUUGUUAACAAUAUUUAGUGGAAGAAUAAUAACACAAGUAGACAUUCUUGUAGUGAUGAAUGUUUCCUCUAACGCUGUCCCCCCCCCUCCCUCCCUCCUCCCCCACUCUUUGUUGCUUGGUUUUUUCGAUUUUUAGUGCCCGAUUUAAGUGGAAUAAAACCGUAGAGUAGGUUUUUAGCUUUUUUUUGUUGUUGUUGUUGUUGCCUCUACUUGUAGACUGAUUAACUGUUUGUAAUGUUCUGAUCUUAAUAUCAGAAUACAAAGCUGUAUAAACCCGGGUGCAACCCGCAAUAAAUAAAUAAAAAGUUUAACAUUGA